CCGUCGUUUGUUUCUUCCCUUUCAGCUCAUCAAUAUUUCAUUUAAAAUCGUGAAUCCUUUUCUUAGUUCCCAAUCCUUCAUGCUUUUCGAAUUAAUAUUCGAGUAUAAUUGUAUCGUUCGUGAUUUUACGUUCCAUGCUUUCAACAGUUUGUUACGGCUUUUCAUCUUGUUUACAAAGUAAAAAAUCCAAGAUUUCCACCUACUCUCGACUCAAAAGAACGGAUGUCACUAGAAAAUGUCUAAAUAUCCUCACAAUGCUCGUUGUCGUCUUUCAAUCGCAUUUAAAGCAAUUACUGAUAAAUGUGUAAUUUUGUUGUUAACUAUACUUUAAAAACAGCAAAAAUAUAUCAUCCUUCCUAGAAAAAUCCUCUUAAAUGGCUGUAGUGGUUCUUGAAUCAUUUUAACCAAUCAAUCUGGCAGCCGACACAUACCCACGCAAGUUGACAUCAUUUAUUCGUAUUUCUGUCAUAUUCAACGGGUUGGACACUUAUCGAUAGCUUGAAACGUCUAGUAUAUCUAAUCAAUUUUCAAUUCUUUCUGUGUGGCCUUCGCUGUACUCGCAACUCGAUCAAUUCAGACGAAAAAUCUAGGACAACUAGGUGACACAUCAGUACGGAAAGGCAUUCGCAGAAAUGUUGUGAAAUUCGUCAGUUUUAUUUGGCAUUUUUGUUCUUGAUUGGGUGACAGCUUGAAUGUUGAAGGCCAUUUUGAUACCGAGGCACAGUUUGAGAAGAACCACUUUGAUUGGUUGAAGCUAUUUAUUUUAAUCCUGCUUGACCGUCACAGAUCACUCAAGUUUACUGUGGCCGGAGAACCGCUAACCGCAACUCAUAAGGUCUACGUGUAUGUUUACUGUUUUGAUGCAAAGGAGGCCGCGAUGAGGACGAAGCAGAUGGUUUGAUCCUGACGUUGUCGUCCAUCAAUUGGCGCCGUAGCGUUUCAAAAACACACGACUUUUAAAGUACAAAAUUACCUGUAACUAUAUCCCAGUAGUGUAUUACACCGCGAUUACAGUACAGAUAUCACAAUACAGUCUUGAAUGACGGGAGUGCUAUUAGAUUUCGUGAGCUACCAUCUUCGCUGGAAGUACCGAGAGUUUGUAUCAAACAUGGUGUGCGUGCCGGCAUUGCUUGGUAUUGUUCUAGUGUAUUUUAUUGUAUUUAUUCUGCGUUUUCUUCAUCAUAAACAAACGUUUGAAAGUCGCUUGUACUACAAGAAGUCAAGACUUGGUGUUUUAUUAGUGAAAAAGUGUAAGCGAUUAAGCCAGCCCUUUGUACCGUGCUUCUGGGCUUGCAAUGCUCAUCUUCAAUCCAUACUUCCAUGGAUUUUACCUCAGAUUGAGACCGAGUUCAGUCGUGAAUACUUGCAGAUGGCCGAUAAGGGCGUCAUUGCAUUAGAUUGGGCUGUUGUUAACGAGAGAGCACUUGACAAAGAUAGCCCUGUAUUGAUCAUAAUUCCAGCACUUCCACAAAGUACUGCUGACAUGAGCUCGCUUUGUGCUUACGCACUGUCUAGAAAGUAUCGACCUGUAGUGUUUUUGCGGCGAGGACACGGCAAAAUGCCUCUAACGACUCGCCGUUUGCAGACAUUCGCAGAAGUUGGUGAUCUCGAGGAAACUAUUGUAUUUGUGAAUCGUAUGUAUCCUACUGCUGAGAUCUGCGCGGUAGGAAUAUCAUCAGGAUCUGGUUUACUCAUCUCAUAUCUAGGAGAACUGGGAAAUAAUUGUGGGCUGAAAUCAGCUGUUUGCGUUUCUCCUUGUUAUGAUGCCGAGACGUACUUUAAAGGGAAACUAUGGCAGCCUUAUAACUGGCUUUAUACUUGGAAACUUAAAAACUUACUCAGACAACAUCCUUGUCUUCGUGAAUGUCUCAACUAUGAGUACGCUAUGGAUAGUCAGACAGUAAAAGAUUUUGAAGAACGAGUCUUUAUGAAACUAAACCCCCAGUACUACUCCCCUGAGGAAUAUUGGCGCUUAAAUAACCCCAUGAGAAAUGUAGCAAAUGUUAGCAUUCCAGUAUUAUGCGUGAAUGCAUUGGACGAUCCUGUUUGCCCUAAAGAAGUUAUUCCUUUCAGCCUGUUUAAAACGUCUUCGAAUUUCUUCCUUCUUACGACGGAAAAGGGAGGUCAUUGCGGCUUCUUAGAGAACACAAUACCAGCAUCAUGGACAAAUUCUUUGGUUUGUGACUAUCUGGAGACUAUUAUAAGCAUCGAAAUACCCAAGGCACCCGAGGACAACCAUUUAACAAUAUUGGAUAAACUAGGGCCGCGAAGCCGAAGCUACACGACUUAACAUUGUAAAUAAUAAAUUGACUUAAUUCAACAUACAUGACAACAUCACUCUAGUAACAAUGUACAUGAUAGCUUAUCCAUGUUGUGAACAGAAUAUGAAUAAUGAUCACAAACUCAAAUCCCCGUCAUUAUCAAACCCUCUAAAUCGACAAUUUAUCAUUUGUGUUGAUUCUCGUACUAUAUUUGAGACAACUUGCAUUUUUACGACAAUAAACCAUCAGUAUAGACUCUAUAGCAAUGAGCAAACUAGAUAAGACAAUAUCAUUCUUUUUCACGUAAACAUUGUCAAAAUACAUUCAUAUCGUAAAAAAUCCUUUGUCACGUAGUUUUGCUGUAGAAUCGAAAUCAAGCAGAGAGUAAAGUUAAUCUAUUAUUGUUA